GCGACUUUAACACGGGCGAAAGGGUGAAUAGUGAAUGUAAUAGUGUUUGUUAUGCUUUUAACUGUAAUAUGGAAAGUAGUUUUAGUUUUUAAUCGCAUUUGACUUUUAGCCAAGAAUAAUCAUCUCUACUUUGUUUGUUCAAGCAGCCAAGAUGGAAGUCGUAAAACAAUUCAAUUCGGAACUUUCGUCUCUUUACGAGACAAAGCCUCCGAUAUCGAAGGCCAAGAUGACUUCAAUAACUCGGACAGCCAUCAAAGCAAUCAAACUCUACAAGCAUGUUGUACAAAGUGUGGAGAAGUUUAUACAAAAGUGCAAGCCCGAGUACAAAGUACCAGGGCUGUAUGUGAUUGAUUCAAUAGUGCGCCAAUCCCGUCAUCAGUUUGGCACCGAGAAAGAUGUGUUUGCGCCGAGGUUUGCCAGAAAUUUACAGCAAACUUUCGUCCAUCUCUUUAACUGUCCUCCAGAAGACAAGAGCAAGGUGAUUCGAGUGCUAAACUUGUGGCAGAAGAACAACGUUUUUGAUUCGGAACAGAUUCAGCCAUUGUUUGAUUUGGCGGAUCCUAACCAUCCGAUACACAAGGAACAGCAGGCCCAGGCUCCCAGCAACGGAAUUGCCCCCGCCAACGCCAAUACUACACCAAAGAAUGUUUCAGUCAAGAAGGAGUCCGGGACUGCUGGAUGGGUCAACCAACUUAACUCAGACUCACACUCAACUGUCCAACAGAAAGCUCCUACCCCGGGACAGGCGCUGGACGUCAACCUGAUACAACAACUGCAACAGUUGCAGACAAUGUUGCUGGACCAACAGGCUGACAACAAGACUAAAUCUGCAGAGUCCGAUCAGAUAAAAUUUGACAAGAAGUUGCUGGACUUUGACUAUGGAGAGGAGGAAGAUGAGGACGGACCGCCACAACAUCAUCAACAUCAGCACCAACACCAACACCAGCAGCAUCAUCAACAACAACAAGUCGUGGCUGGCCUGGACUCCCUUGGCAGCAUCCUGGCCAAUCCGGAAGUGCUUAGACAACUUCAGACUCUGCAGCAGACAUUGAGUAACCCGCAGAGUCUGCGGCAGCAACAACAGGAGAUGGAGGAGAAGAUGAGGAAGAUGCAGGAGAUGAGACAACAGGAAGAGGAGUUUGACAAACAUCUUGCGCAGACUGUGCCGAACCUUCCCUUUGCUGAUCAAUGUGAGUUAAAGCCUGGAGAGCUGAGUGGGUUCGCCGGGAUGGACCUGACCCAGCCCCCGCCUGGCUAUCCCCCCCAACAGAAAAUGGUGAUGCCCCCGGGCAUGAUGCUCAAACCCCCGCCUAGUCCACUGGAGGACGGGGAGCAUGCUAGCUCCGACGCUGACGACAGGAUCGGCAGGAGAGAUGAAGGAGGUCCGUCAGUGGUAGUGUUGGACAGUGACUCUCCCAGUGACUCACCUGCUCACAGUCGCAGGAGAAGACGAAGAUCUCGCUCUCGCUCCAGAUCUCAUCAUCGCAGGUCUCGCUCUGACUCUCGCUCCAGAUCUCGUAGCAAACGCAAACGGCGGUCUAGUUCUUUCGAUGAUAAAGACUGGGAGAGAUCAAAGAUGAGGGAAGCAGAGAAAGAAAAGGAAAGGGAGAGGAAGAGGAAAGGACUGCCUACACUCAAGAAAAAUCAUCUGGCAGUUUGCAGUACAACUCUGUGGAUCGGACACUUGUCCAAACUAGUUCAGCAGGAAGAGUUGUCUGACACAUUCGGAGAGUUUGGUGACAUUGUGAGCAUUGACCUGAUCCCACCACGCGGCUGUGCGUUUAUCUGCAUGAACAGACGCCAAGACGCUCACCGGGCACUACAGGAUCUGCGGCAUCACAAGCUGCAAGGCAAGGCCAUCACGCUGGCGUGGGCUCCAGGCAAGGGCAUGAAGGGCAAGGAGUACAAGGACUAUUGGGAGGUAGACCAAGGGGUGUCGUACAUCCCUUGGAGCAAGAUAACCCAUGACAUUGACGUGGAGCUGCUGGAGGAGGGAGGCAUGAUAGACGAGGAGUCCAUGCCUGACUGGCUCAGAGAGAGGAUGAAGAAGAACAAAGAUGACGAUCACCAUCGGUCUCAGAGCUCCUCGCAGGCUGAGGAUGACGAGUCUAAGGCUGGUGACCUGGACAUUCCAGUUCCAGCACCUACUCUGCCCGGCUACAUCCCGUUGCCUGACGGACCACAACCUGCCGACCGUCCCCCCGUCAGUCAGCCACCCCCCACCAUGCCUCCCCUCAUGGGCCCUGCACCCCCAUUGGGCAUGAUGCCACCGUUUGCCGUCCCGCGUGAGUAUACUGGCCUGCUAGGACCCAUGGGCAUGGCGAUGGGGCCGGGUCUGAUGCCGAACGUACCUCUAGGAGUCCCUCCCCCGGGCAUGCAGGGUCUCAUGGGCAACCCACUGAUGCACCAACAGAUGAUGAGUAGAAUGCCACAACCCGUAGGCUCUCCGUUCAACCCUCCACUUCUAUGUGCUGCAGCGGGAGUGGGUCUACUUGGCCCCCAGUUGUCCCAGAUCCCACUACCAGGUCAGGACAAGAGCAAGGCGGGGCUGGGUCCAAUGGGUGUGCCUCCGCCCACAGACGGGUCCAUGCCGUUCACUGAUGCCAUGAUGCAGUUGCCGUUCACUUUACCUCCUCAGCUUCAGCUACCAGGCAUGGGAAUGUUGACAAGACCUCCUGUGGCAGACGUCAAACCUGGCGAUGGCGACAAGAUGGACACAGGCAGUCCUCCAACGAGUGGGGCGGGGACUUUGUUCGGCCAACCUCCGCCGCAGUUCUCUCCCAUGUCACUCAUGAAGAUCCCACCUCCAAUGUCAAUCCCUCCCCCCAACAAGGGGGACAACCACACAUCCGAGGACAAGGACGAGAGAGAACUGAGGGACAAAGAUUACAGAGAUACGCCUAAGGAAUACAAAGACAGGGACAAAGAUCGGGAUAGAGAUAGGGACUACAGAAACAAACGUGACAGAGAUUACAGAGGAGAUCGUGACUAUAGGGAUAGGUCUGACAAGGAUUACAGAGAAAGAGAUAAGGACUACAGGGAAAGAAGAGAUAGGAGAGACAGGUCAAGAGAAAGAGACGAGAAGAACGAUCAAGACUUGAGGGACAAGGAUGGGAAACCAGAUGACAAGGAGAGGAAAGACGAAUUGUCUAAAGACGACAAAGGCUUCCGGGACAGAAACGAUAGAGAUAGGAGUAGAAACAGAGAUAGGGACAGGGACAGGGAUAGAGGACGAGUCAGGAAGUGGGGUGACGGGGAGAGAGAGAGGGGAAGAGAUGACAGGAGGGGUAGAGACAGGGAACGUGGACGCAGCAAAGAGAUGAAGGGAAGUGCAGAGAGAGAUAAAAGUGGACAAGACAGACUAAGGAACAUGGAUCAGGACAGAGGAGAGUUUCUAAGAGGAGGCAUGGAGCCUGACAACUUCCAAGGCCCACCAGGUGGACAAAACUUUGGUCCGAGGAAUGAAGGAUUCCACCCUGAGGGGUAUCCUCCAGACAUGCAUGGACGACACCCUGGGCGGAGAGAAGGGUUUGACGGUCGGGGCCCUGGGCCGAGGGACAUGUUUGACCACAGAGGCCCUCCACCUGAUGGCUUUGACCCAAGGGGUCCACCUCCUGACGGUUUCGGAUCCCGAGGAGGUCCACCAAUGGACAACUUUGACCCUAGAGGACCACCUCCGGAAGGUUUUGGACCUAGAGGACCACCACCAGAAGGUUUUGGCCCUAGAGGACCACCUCCGGAAGGUUUUGGCCCUAGAGGACCACCUCCGGAAGGUUUUGGCCCUAGAGGACCACCACCAGAAGGUUUUGUCCCUAGAGGACCACCACCAGAAGGUUUCGCACCACGUGGUCCACCUCCAGAUGGAUUUGACCUGCGGGGCCCGUCUCCUGGUGGGUUUGACCCGAGAGGUCCCCCGCCAGACUUUGAAGGUCCUCCACCUGAGAACUUCAAAAUGAGAGGUCCGCCUCCUGAUAACUUUAACCGAGGUCCUCUUAUACCGGACAACUUUGGACCAGGUGGUCCACCUCCUGACAAUUUUCUCCGAGGUCUUCCUACUGAUGAGUUUGGGCCGUUCGAAGGGUUUGGUGGUCCUGGUGAGUUCCAGCCGAGGAUCCGGUUCGAGCUGUUCUCUAGAGGACGCGGGCGGGGACAGGACGCUUUCCGCGGCAGAGGCGGUCCAGCUAUGUUUUCACCCAGGGGUGCUGGUCCUAGAGGUCCUAGAGCAGGUCCGUGGAUGGAGUCUCAAGGGCCUUCUCCUCCCAAACCAGGAUUUGGAUUUCCACCUAGAGGAUUUGCCCCACCUGAAGGUGGUCCAGAGCGAUUCGGGCCUCCAGUGUUUGAGGAAAGCGGAAGAGGACGCGGAAGUCCAACCAUCAGAGGUCGAGGAAGAGGAUUCCAGGGUCGCGGAGAAGAUAGGAGGUGGGAAGAAGAAGAAGGAACAUCACCAAGUCCGAAAAAGUUAUCAAGAUGGAGCAACAUGUCCCCUCCCCCAGCGUUUGCCCCUCCCAGUGAAGAACCAAGGGCAGAGUCAGACUCUGUUGUUGAAACUUCAGCAACUGAUCCAGUGGCUAUGGACGUCAGUGAAUCCCAACAAGAACCAGUUUCAGUCAAUCAGGAUGAUAAAAACACAGAAAAUCCCUUCUGCUCAGAAAAUUCUUUGUCUCAAACAGAUAGAUCAGUUGGAGAUGUUCUUUUAGAAACAAAUCGAGAUAAUGAACCUGGUAAUGAAAAUAUCCUUCCCUCAACUGAUAUGGCCGGUGAUCAAAGUAAUAACUUGCCUGUUGAGGAGGAAAGAAACUUUCCUUUUGGUGGAGUUAGUGAAGAUUCUUCUAGUAUGCAAAUGCCAACUGACAAUCAGAAAACAGAAAGAGAAGAAGUAAGCUCAGUCUUCCAACAAGAUUCUCAGUCCAUGCCGGAUGUAGAAAUGUCAAGUAGCCAUUUCAGCUUUACUGAAAGUGGUCAGCAAAGUCAGCCAGAAGAUUCUCAAACUUCUGAAACACCAGAAAGGCGAAGCUCCUUCCAAUUAGAAAAUUGUCAAGCAAAUGAAGAAGAGCAAAGAAAAGAGUCAGAAGUCGAGGGAUUUCAAUCAGAGGAUCCAAAUCGGAGGUUUGCUGAUAUUGGGUUCGCUGAGAGAAUGUCACAUGCGGAGAGCCUUAUAGCCUCUUCUCUGCAGGAAGAUAGGCAGGCCUCUAUGAAAGAGAUUCAGGAAUGCUUACAGUCACAGUCAUCACCCAAAGUUUCUACUGCAGAACAUGACAACGUUGAUUUCUCAAUGGGUGACUCAGUGUCAUCUGCUGUAGAACAAAGUGUAUUUGAGACUCAAUCCGCCUCUGGACCAGACUAUGAUCCUACGGAAAGUUCUCAGUCAGUGCAUUUUGAUCAAAGGCCUAAUGACUUCUUUGAGAACUCGCAACCUUGCAACCAACAAACAUUCAGUACUGAAGAGCCACAAGAGAAUUUACCUUCCUUUCACGAACAGCCAACUGAAGUAGAACAGAAUUUGUGCAGAGAGACUGAGUCUAUGCUGCAGCAGUCGCCUGUAGAGACAAAUUUUGAAUCACACCAAAGCCAAGUAUCACCACCGGAAACUUCUGGUCAUGAACAGCCGUCGUGCGAAAUUCAGGCUCAAAAUUCUGAAUCGGAAGUGAGAAUAGGGGAAGUUAUAUCGGGUGAAAUAAGUUCUUUAGAACAUAACAGUUCUUUAAAUGAUUCUGAACAAUAGAACCUAGUCUAGUAUAUCUGCCCGAGAAAUUAAAACUCAUUUGUAAUUUAAUUGUUUGUAUGAUGAACAUUUACACGUUGUAUCUUGGAAGCGAGAUGAGCAAACUGCCGCGUUUGACCAAAGUUUAGUGCCAGGUGAAAUGUGGUUGUGGAAAUGUGAACACAGGAUAAAUCAGGUGUUGUGGUUUCCUGUAUAAACAGUUACCAAAACCAAAACCAGUCUUAAUAUUUUUAAUUUUGAUAGUAACGAUGAAUAGAAUGAACACUGUGGUGCUUGUUAUUGUUUUGUACAUUAGAAUUUUAACCAUAUUUAUAUAUUUUUUAUACGAUGAGUAAUUUGUACAGUGUUUCAUAGUUAUUUAUGUUUCAAAUUUGUAUAUUUUAUACAAUUUAAAAUAUUUCAAUUAAAAAUUGCAAACAAAAUUGCUUUACUUGGUCGAGUGUUCCUGUGUUCACGAGAAUUACCACGCCACGACCACGGGCUGCGGAGAGGAUGGAACUAGUGCUUGCGCUCAAAUAGAGUGACAAGUGCAAGGUACUGUGACUCUGACUUUACAACCUUAAUUUUAGUUUUGGCGACAUCACAAGGAUCUAAUGUGAACAAUCGGCUUUCUGGGUCGAUGUUAACCGUUAAUUGAAUAUUUAUCAAUAUUUAUCAUUUAUACUAGUUCCUUGUGAUGUCUUUUACAUUCACCCUACAUUUGUAUAUUAAUGGACAUCUUGUACUAAGUAGUCAUUUUAGAUCUUUAUUGUAUUAAGCAUGUCUUGUCAAAAACAGGUUUUUGUCUACAAAAUUGUAAAAAAUUGUAUCGAAUUUGUUUUCUAUUUUGUGUUGCAAAUUCUAUUUACAUUUUGAUGAUUUUACCGUUUUGUUAUAAGUUUUGCUAGGAAGCCAUUCUCAUUCUGUCCAUGAUUUGUGAACUAUAUUGUAAUGUUUUGUGAAGAGUUUUAAUGUUCAUUCAAACGAAAUGUUGAUUCAUUUUGAUACGACAUUUACAAAAAGCUUUUGAUUUAUUUUCAAGUUGCUUUAUAACUUGCCGGAGUUUGACUUGUAACAUAUUUUUAAUUGAUGCAUAGACUAUAUACAAAUUGCAAACAUGAGUUUUUGUAAGAUAUUGUUAGCAUCUUGUUUAGUUUACGGUUACAAUAAAUAUUAG